AGGGAAGGGAAUUGAAAAUUUUUUCUCUAGUGAGAGAAAGUGAGAGAGGAACAGCUCAAACUCGACCAUCCUAUUCCUCUCCCCCUCUCUGCGCUAGAGAGAGAAACGCACCGAAGGAAUUCGAGAAAGAGGAAAGGCGUGCGACGGAAAGUUUAGAGAGAGAGAGAGAGAACCUGCCUUCUGCCUCGGAUUUCGCUCUGCUUCUUUGCUCAUCGCCUUCGUGCUCAGCUCAUCGUCAGCUUCGGAAACCGUCCGUCCGUCUCCGGUCCUUUCUCGCUCUCCGGAUUGGCGGUCGGAGCUCGCGACCACCGGCGGCGGCGGCGGCAGCGCCCGAUCUGGGUGGCCGGCGAGUCCGAUUCCCGCGCGGCUCGGUCGUAACUCGCAUGAGUUGAGAGAGGCGGAGAGGUGGAGGAGAUCGGCGGCGGUGAUUGAUUAAUCCAUGGCUGCAUCGGUGAAUAUUAUAGUUGGUUCUCAUGUAUGGGUCGAGGAUCCAGCGCAGGCGUGGAUUGAUGGUGAAGUUUUCCGCAUUAAUGGUGAGGAAGUUCAUAUUCAUACAACAGAUGGAAAAACGGUUGUCAGUAACAUAUCGAAAGUAUAUCCAAAAGAUAUGGAAGCUCCUCCUGGAGGUGUGGAUGACAUGACGAAGCUUUCGUAUUUGCAUGAACCAGGAGUUCUUCAUAACUUAGCCAUGAGAUAUGAACUCAACGAAAUCUAUACAUACACAGGGAAUAUACUCAUCGCAGUGAACCCAUUUCAACGGCUACCUCACUUGUAUGAUACUCACAUGAUGGAGCAGUACAAGGGUGCAGCAUUUGGAGAGUUAAGCCCUCAUGUGUUUGCUGUUGCCGAUGUUGCAUACAGGGCAAUGAUGAAUGAGGGAAAGAGCAAUUCGAUUUUGGUAAGUGGAGAAAGCGGUGCUGGUAAGACUGAGACAACGAAGAUGCUCAUGCGAUAUCUUGCAUAUCUGGGUGGUCGAUCUGGAGUGGAAGGACGGACAGUGGAACAACAAGUUUUAGAAUCUAAUCCAGUUCUUGAAGCAUUCGGCAAUGCAAAGACGGUCAGGAACAAUAAUUCAAGUCGUUUUGGAAAGUUCGUGGAGAUCCAAUUUGACAAGAGUGGGAGGAUAUCUGGGGCAGCUGUAAGGACUUAUUUGCUUGAAAGAUCUCGAGUUUGCCAAAUUUCAGAUCCUGAGAGAAACUACCAUUGCUUCUACCUUCUUUGUGCGGCUCCGCAAGAGGAAAGAGAGAGAUACAAAUUGGGAGACCCUAGGUCAUUCCAUUUCUUAAAUCAAUCCAGCUGUUAUGAGCUGAAUGGGAUCGAUGAUGCCGAGGAGUACCUCGCAACCAGAAGGGCCAUGGAUGUUGUAGGAAUUAGCGAGGAAGAACAGGAGGCAAUUUUUAGGGUAGUAGCUGCAGUUUUGCAUCUUGGAAAUGUUGAAUUUGCAAAGGGGCCGGAAAUUGACUCUUCAGUCAUUAAAGAUGAGAAGUCUAGGCUCCAUCUGAACACAACAGCUGAGCUACUUAGAUGCGAUGUCAAGAACUUGGAAGAUGCAAUGAUUAAGCGUGUAAUGGUGACCCCUGAGGAGAUCAUCACAAGACCUCUGGAUCCUGUUGCUGCUCUUGGUAGCAGGGAUGCCCUAGCCAAAACUAUUUAUUCUCGCCUGUUUGAUUGGCUUGUGGAUAAGAUUAACAGUUCAAUUGGGCAAGAUCCCAACUCAAAGCAAUUGAUUGGGGUUCUUGAUAUUUAUGGAUUUGAAAGCUUUAAGUUCAACAGCUUUGAGCAGUUCUGCAUCAAUUUCACAAAUGAGAAACUGCAGCAACAUUUUAACCAGCAUGUCUUCAAGAUGGAACAAGAGGAAUAUACCAAAGAAGAGAUCAACUGGAGCUACAUAGAGUUCGUUGAUAAUCAAGAUGUCUUGGAUCUGAUUGAGAAGAAGCCUGGAGGGAUCAUUGCCCUUUUAGAUGAAGCCUGCAUGUUUCCUAAGUCGACACAUGAAACAUUUGCUCAGAAGUUGUAUCAAACCUUUAAGAACAACAAGCGCUUUAUCAAACCUAAGCUUUCUCGCACAAGUUUUACAAUAUCUCACUAUGCUGGGGAGGUUAAUUAUCUGGCUGAUCAGUUCCUUGAUAAGAACAAAGAUUAUGUCGUGGCGGAACAUCAGGGUCUUUUGACGGAAUCCACGUGCCCCUUUGUGGCAGGUCUAUUUCCUCCACUUCCUGAAGAAUCAUCAAAGUCCUCCAAAUUUUCUUCAAUUGGUUCCCGGUUUAAGUCGCAACUUCAAUCCUUGAUGGAGACAUUAAAUUCCACAGAACCUCAUUAUAUCAGAUGCGUGAAGCCAAACAAUGUCCUGAAGCCUGCCAUUUUUGAGAACUCCAAUAUAAUUCAACAGUUGCGCUGUGGAGGUGUUCUCGAGGCAAUUAGGAUUAGUUGUGCUGGAUAUCCGACUCGACGGACAUUUUAUGAAUUUCUUCUCCGUUUCGGUGUCCUUGCCCCAGAGGUUCUGGAAGGAAAUUAUGAUGACAUGACAGCUUGUCAAAAGAUACUGGACAAAAUGGGACUGAAGGGCUAUCAGAUAGGAAAGACGAAAGUUUUCCUAAGAGCUGGGCAAAUGGCAGAAUUGGACUCAAGGAGAGCAGAGGUGCUAGGAAAUGCAGCAAGAAUAAUUCAAAGGCAAAGUCGUACAUAUAUUGCUAGAAAGGAAUUUAUUGCAUUGCGUAAAGCAGCAAUUACGAUGCAAUCUUGUUUGCGAGGUAAACUGGCAUGCAAGCUCUAUGAGGAGCUGCGAAGGGAAGCAUCAGCCUUGAAGAUUCAGAAGAACUUCCGCCAAUAUGUUGCAAGACAGUCAUACCUUUCUGUAAGGCUGUCUGCAACCACAUUGCAAACAGGUUUAAGGGCCAUGACCGCUCGAGAUGAAUUUAGAUUCAGAAAGCAAACUAAGGCUGCUGUUAUUAUUCAGGCUCAUUUGCGGUGCCACAUUGCAUAUUUAUAUUAUAAAAGUCUUCGCAAGGCUGCUAUCGUUACACAAUGUGGUUGGAGAGGACGAGUUGCUCGUCGAGAACUCAGAAAACUAAAAAUGGCUUCACGAGAAACAGGUGCUCUCAAAGAAGCUAAGGACAAACUAGAAAAGCGGGUGGAAGAGCUUACGUGGCGCUUGCAGUUGGAGAAGCGAUUAAGGACGGAUUUGGAAGAGGAAAAGGCACAAGAGAUUGCUAAGUUGCAGGAGGCUUUACAUGCUAUGCAAAUACAAUUGGAAGAAGCAAAUGCCAAGGUCAUCAAAGAACGAGAGGCAGCUCGAAAAGCUAUUGAGGAUGCUCCACCGGUUGUGAAGGAGACUCCUGUGAUAGUGGAAGACACAGAGAAGAUCAAUAAACUAACAGCUGAGAUAGAGAGCUUGAAGGCUUUGUUUACAUCAGAAAGAGCAGCAGCAGAAGAGACAAAGAAAGCCCAUGUGGAUGCGAAGGCCAGAAAUUCAGAGCUGGCUCGAAAGCUUGAAGAUACAGAGCGAAAAGCUGAUCAGCUUCAGGAUUCUGUGCAGAGGCUAGAAGAGAAAUUGUCCAACACAGAGUCAGAAAAUCAAGUACUGCGUCAGCAAGCACUGACUAUGUCACCGACAGGGAAAAACUUGUCUGCACGACCAAAGACUGUUAUUAUGCAGAGAACACCUGAGAAUGGAACAGUUACAAAUGGAGAAACAAGGGUUGCAUUGGAUAUGUCUUUGGCUACACCAACACGUGAACCUGAAUCUGAAGAAAAACCACAGAAAUCGCUCAAUGAGAAGCAGCAGGAAAACCAGGAACUGCUGAUAAAAUGUAUAUCACAAAAUUUGGGUUUUUCUGGGGCCAAACCUGUUGCUGCUUGUGUAAUUUACAAAUGUCUUCUUCAUUGGCGAUCAUUUGAGGUUGAAAGGACUAGCAUAUUUGACCGUAUAAUCCAAACAAUAGCUUCAGCAAUAGAAGUCCCGGAUAAUAAUGGUUUAGCUUAUUGGUUAUCAAACACAUCAACGUUGCUGCUGCUGCUUCAACACACUCUUAAAGCAACUGGAGCAGCUAGCUUGACGCCACAGCGGAGGAGAACAUCAUCUGCUUCUCUUUUUGGGAGGAUGUCACAAGGGCUACGUUCAUCUCCUCAAAGUGCUGGACUUUCGUUCCUCAAUGGUAGAGGGCUCACAAAGCUGGAUGAUUUGCGACAAGUUGAGGCCAAGUAUCCAGCUUUGCUCUUUAAGCAACAGCUUACUGCUUUUCUGGAGAAAAUUUAUGGAAUGAUCCGAGACAGCCUGAAGAAGGAGAUUUCUCCAUUGCUUGGGCUAUGUAUCCAGGCUCCCAGGACAUCAAGAGGUAGUUUGGUCAAAGGACGUUCUCAAGCUAAUGCGGUUGCUCAGCAAGCUUUGAUUGCUCACUGGCAAAGCAUAGUGAAAAGCUUGAACAAUUAUCUCCAGACAUUGAAAGCAAACAAUGUCCCACCUUUCCUAGUUCGUAAGGUGUUCACACAGAUAUUCUCCUUCAUAAAUGUUCAGCUGUUUAACAGUCUUCUUUUACGGCGAGAGUGUUGCUCAUUUAGUAAUGGCGAGUAUGUAAAGUCAGGGUUGGCUGAACUAGAGCAGUGGUGCCAUCAGGCAACUGAGGAAUAUGCAGGCUCAGCUUGGGAUGAAUUGAAGCAUAUUAGGCAGGCCGUUGGAUUUUUGGUCAUACAUCAGAAACCCAAGAAGACCUUUAACGAAAUCACAAAAGAACUUUGCCCGGUUCUAAGCAUACAGCAGUUGUACAGGAUCAGUACGAUGUAUUGGGAUGAUAAAUAUGGCACCCAUAGCGUGUCUUCAGAAGUUAUUUCGAGUAUGAGGGUCAUGAUGACCGAGAACUCCAAUAAUGCGGUCAGUCACUCGUUCUUGCUGGACGAUGAUUCAAGCAUUCCCUUCUCCGUGGAUGACAUCUCGAAGUCAAUGCAACAAGUAGACAUAGCCGAUGUCGAUCCUCCACCAUUGAUACGUGAAAACUCCGGUUUUGGUUUCUUACUUCCACGUGCAGAAUGAGGGUGCGAUCACAUCUUCGGGCCUCGACUUUCAGUCUCCUCCUACACCGAGCUUCGACUGAUCAAAACCGACAACCUUGUGCAUAUAUUGUUUUGUUCAGUGUCCAUAUAUUACAUAUUCUCCACCAACCUGGUCCACUCAUAUUUGGUUGAUGGCCGGGUUGAUUCAAUUCUUUUUUUCUUCCCCUCAAGUCACUUCGACGCGAGGGGCAUUCUUUAGUUUGAGCCAUGUCACUAAGGUGGUGAUAUGUGCCAUUUCAGAUUGGUGGGUUGGAUCCCGCCAAUUCGGUCACGCCUCCAACAGGCAAUUUUCAUGUUUGUUUUGGCCUUUCUCAUUCCUUUUCUUUUUCUCGGGUGAGGGCUUCAUUCAUAUUUGGAUAUGGGUUUGGUUUCUCAGGUGUUAUAGUGGUUUGGGAAUUCUUUGUUUCCUCAGUGUAAGUGGUAAUAGCAGUUGCAGUUCCAAGGGGCAAUUAUAUGUAUUGUACGUGAGAAGUAAAGUAAUUCAAUUAUUAUUUUUCCUUCAAAGA